AUGGCUACCUCUUACGACACCUUCGCCAACCUGACCAAGAAAUAUUUAACUAAUUGCUUAAUUGGUUCAGCCCACUUAACCGGAGAAGGAACUUUAACUGAACACUUUGACGACCUCAUGGAAGAAGUCAUCACCCGGGGAGAAAUUGCUUUAAUUGAAGUAGCCAGUAAUAAAUACCUGGCUACCCCUAAACUCACCCAACAAACCCUCUUGAAAGAGAAAGUCCCCGGAGAGAACGGCAAAGCCAUUGAACCUAUUACCUCUUACGAAUUCACUUUGCUCGAUAACUCCAAUCUCACUUACCAAAGAGUAGAAGCCACCGUGGACACAGGCUACCUUGGCACCGAAAAAGACCAAGACGAUACUUCCCACAAAGCCGACAAAGCCAAAGAGGACAGCAAAGAAACUGACCAUGGCACGAUUGAUAAGACUAUCACUAGCCAAGAACAACCUGUCUUUUACCAACAGCUAGCCCGAAUUAUGCCUUCUUUCUCCCUCGUGGAAACCCGAAUGGAAGACUUAACCGAUUUUAGCCAUUUAUUUGAUAAUGUGUUUGUGCCCCAAGGAGAAUUACGUUGGAACCCCCAGACUUUCCAACUCGACUAUCUCACCCGAACCCAAUUGAUUGAAGAGCAAGCCCCUGAGAAAAAACGAGAAAAGCCAACCAAAGACCCUGACCAAGAUUUGUUGUAUCGAUAUAAAAAACGAAUAGCCAAGAAACCUAACCCCGAUGAAACUGACCAAGCUCGGUUAGAGUUAUGUGAAACUUUGUUGGAUACUUUUUACCGAGAACCUUAUUGA